AAAACAAGCAUUUUAAUUCUAGAGGCUUUAAGUACAGAAUGAGGUCAUCCUAUCUCCUGGAAGUGACAUAGCACCACCUGCUCAACACUUACCCCGCCCCUUCCCUCCUAGGUCCCGCCCCUCCGCCAGCGGCGGGCAGGGUGUUAGGGGGCGUUUCUCUUAGAGAAACGCACUGAGCAGCGACACUGAAGAAGGGGUCCUCCAAAGCCUCUGGCACUGUCCUCUCCAGGGUUCAUCUCGGACCUCCUAACCUUACCCGGCGGGUUUCUGAAACUCCAAGGGGUCAACCUGAUGGGUUUCGGGGUCAACGGAAGAAGGGAAGAGGAGCCCUGGCGGCGAGAAAUCCCCGGCCCCCCGCCCAGCAGCUGAAGAACAGGAGGACGGCCAUCUUGGCUGGGCGGGCCGGGCUGGGGAGCGGCGGGCGCUGUGCGAUUGGGGGGCUCGCCCGGAAGUGACGCGCACCACCCGGAAGCGGAGGGGGUUCCCCGGCCCACUCCCCCCUCGUUCGUUCGCUCCCCCGCUUCCUCCCCGCCCCCCUUCCUCUCCAUUCGUUUCCCCCCCUCCCCGUCCCUGCCUUCUUUUCCCCCCUUCCCUCCCCAUCCCUCCCCCCCCAACCUCCGGAGCUGGGAAGAGAGUCAAGAUGGCGGCGAAAUCCGAUGGCGGCGGCGUGGGGGUGGGCUUCGCCCAACUGCACAACCUGGACGAGGCGGUGGGCAGCGGCGGUGAGGAGGACGGGGAGCCCGGGGGAGGCGGCUGCGGCGGCGGAGACGGUAGCGACCCUGGUGAGAGCAGCUCCCUCCACAUCUGCCACUGCUGCAACACCUCCUCGUGCUACUGGGGCUGCCGCUCCGCCUGUCUGCGCUCCCUCCUGGGCAAGAAGCCGCGCCGCAGCGCCGCCGCCGCCGACGGGGGGGACCAGCCGCUCCAGCCGCCGGCGUCGUCCGCCGCGCGCCCCCAACAGACGCCCCCCGCCGGCGCCGCGCGCCCCCAGCCCCUGCCGCCGCCGCAGGUGGAGCGGCCGUGGCUUGACUGCCUGUGGAUCGUGUUGGCGCUGCUGGUGUUCUUCGGGGACGUGGGCACCGACCUGUGGCUGGCCCUCGACUACUACGGCAAGGGGGACUACGGCUGGUUCGGGCUGACGCUCUUCUUCGUGCUGGUGCCGUCGCUGUUGGUGCAGAGCCUCAGCUUCCGCUGGUUCGUGCAGGACUACACGGGCGGAGGGCUGGGCGCCGUGGAGGGGCUCAGCAGCCGGGGCCCUCCCAUGAUGGGGGCCGGCUACGGCCAUGGGGCUGCCCGCGGGGGCGGCGGCCCCGGCGUGGGGGGAGGCUCGGCCACGCCGGGGGCCCAGCGCUUGUGCCGCCUCUCGGUGUGGAUCUGGCAGUCGGUCAUCCACCUGCUGCAGAUGGGGCAGGUGUGGAGGUAUAUUCGCACGAUGUACUUGGGGAUUCAGAGCCAGCGGCAGAAGGAACACCAGCGACGUUUUUACUGGGCUAUGAUGUACGAAUAUGCAGAUGUCAAUAUGUUACGCCUCCUGGAGACCUUCCUGGAGAGCGCCCCCCAACUGGUGCUACAGCUCUGUAUAAUGAUUCAAAAGAACAGCGCUGAAACGCUGCCCUGUGUCUCCUCUGUGACCUCCCUGAUGUCCCUGGCUUGGGUGCUAGCCUCCUAUCACAAGCUUCUCCGGGACUCCAGGGAUGACAAGAAGAGCAUGAGCUACCGAGGGGCCCUUAUCCAUCUCUUCUGGCGGCUCUUCACCAUCUCAUCCAGAGUUAUCUCCUUUGCCCUCUUUGCUUCCAUCUUCCAGCUCUACUUUGGGAUCUUUGUCGUGGUUCACUGGUGUGCCAUGGCCUUCUGGAUCAUCCAUGGUGGGACAGACUUCUGCAUGUCCAAGUGGGAGGAGAUCCUCUUCAACAUGGUGGUAGGGAUUGUGUACAUUUUCUGCUGGUUUAACGUCAAGGAAGGGCGGACUCGAUAUCGAAUGUUUGCAUAUUACACGGUAGUCUUGACAGAGAAUGCUGCCUUGACGUUCCUUUGGUAUUUUUACAGAAACCCUGAGACCACUGACUCCUAUGCCGUGCCAGCACUGUGUUGUGUCUUUCUUAGCUUUGUGGCUGGGAUAGCUCUGAUGCUCUUAUAUUAUGGUGUAUUGCAUCCCAUGGGGCCACGAGCUAAGAUCUUUGCCAGCUCCUGUUGCGCCGAGCUGCUCUGGGGCAUCCCUUUGCCCCCCGACGUUGAGCCCAUGGCGCCUCAGACCCCUGGGUACCGGGGGACCCAGGUCACGCCCACCAGAGCCGUCACGGAACAACAGGAGGAUCUCACGGCUGACACUUGCUUGCCCGUUUUUCAAGUGAGACCCAUGGGACCCUCCACCCCGUCGGGGCGUCCUUACCAUCCAGAAGGGCCCCUCAUUAAGAUUGACAUGCCCAGAAAGAGAUACCCUGCAUGGGAUGCCCAUUUUGUAGACAGGAGAUUGAGGAGGACUAUCAACAUUCUGCAGUAUGUCACUCCCACAGCUGUAGGCAUUCGGUAUCGAGAUGGACCGCUCCUCUAUGAGUUGUUACAGUAUGAGUCUUCACUUUAAAAGCUCUGUAAACCAAGUUGAGAAGGGAACCUUUAAGUUUUGUUUACGGCCAACACCGCUCACAAGAAAAACACCACCACCAUCACCACCACCACCACCACCACCACCACCACCACCACCACCACCACCACCACCACCACCACCACCAUUACCACCACCACAAAAAAAAACAAAACAAACAAAAAAAAACCCUUCAGAUAAGCUUUCUUUCCAGUUGCUGUAUGUAUACAAAGAUAUUCUCUAUGUUUUGUAAGUAAAAACAAAAAGAAAAACCUUUCUUUUGAUUUUUACACACAAGAAACAGUAUUGAAACAUCCACACUAUGUAUGAUCCAUAGGUGGAAAAGGAGGAGUUGUCUCCACUCCAAAAGAAAAAAAAAUGUUUUAUACCUUAUGCCAAGUGUAGAUCAUUUGCGGGAUUGGUGCUGAUUGAAAGAACAACAAAUAACAACAACAACAAAAAAAACCUUCAACUGCCUUAUGCCCUUAGGUGCUGAGUUUCAUUAAGUACUGUCAUGUUUUCUCAUGCAAAACUCUCCGGUGAUUUUUAUACCAGGGGAGGGAAAAAGCAAACCACAAAGUGAGGCAAACCAAGAAUUUAAAACAAAAAUAAAACAAAAAUCCACUGUUCAGAUCAUGUGAUUUAUAGAAAAAAAAAUCAUCCAAGGCAAGAAAAUGAAAGCAGAGCAAUCCCUCCCCACCCUCAUUUUUUCUCACCUGCCCUGCCCUCCCAUCUCCCUCAUUCCCCCCUCACCCAUUGCCCUCACCCCAAAUUGAACCUUUAAGGAGCUUAACAGCUGCUGAAUUUCAAAUGGAUGAGUGAUGCCAUGUGCAGACCAGCUUUGUGCCAAUUUGCACUGGAUUCACCCAGAAAGAAUCACAUUUAAUUGGGGAUUUGGGGGGGGGGUGGACGGGAGGGAAGAGAUGUAAACAAACACAAAACUGAAACCCACCACUUAAAUUCAGCAUGGUUGUUCAAUUCUAUACCAAAUAGGAGGGGAUUUUCAUAUAGAUAAUUUUUAAAAUCAGUAAUAAUAAAACUCAGCAUAGUAGCAAAAAGAAAGAAGUCCAUUUAAAGGCACAAUACUUGAUCAGUGACUGGCAAAAAUGACAUCUGAUCCAUCAUCUUAAGGCUAUGAAAGGUAUUCAUUUAUCAUGUGUGAUAUUGUGUAAGGCCUCUUCUGUCUCUAUUUGGUUUGGUGUGAAGCCUUAAACUGAUUUGGCAAGAAUUCCUCAUUUUAAAAAAUUGUGGUUUUGUUUUUUUUUUUAAUGAAGACAAAGAAGAAAAUUGGAAUACAAAAAAAAAAUCAGCAAAUUGUAAUAACUGACCUAUUUCAAAAGAUGGUUUGGUGCUUUUGUCUUUCACCGUUAUGGUUGCUGAGUAUUGUUCAGCUCACUUGGUGCAUCCUGGGUUGAGUGAAAAAUGUUUUAGUUGUGUGUAUGUGUGUGUAUGUGUAUAUAUAUGUAUGUGUGUAUGUGCCCACCACACAUGAUGUAUGUAUGUGUGUGUGACUCUGUGUUGCAAGAGCUUGCCAGAAAUAUGGACAACACAAGAGAAUGGCGAUUAUGGCAUGGUUGAAUAUUGUUGUGUCCAGCUCUGUCCAUGGCAAGGCUCAGAAAAGCAGCACUCUUUGGGUCCUAGAGGCCAUUCAAUCUGUGUCAGAAUUCCAUCCACUUAUUUAAUUUUCCUAUUGUACCAAGUUGAAUUCCUGGAGGUGUCAAGAAUAUAGUAUUCCAUUUAUUUUCUGUUUUUAAAAGUAUUGCUCCUUUAAAUAAUGUUCUUGUUCCAGGGCAUCUUUUCAAUCCUAUCAUAUCUCUACUUGGGCACGAAAAAAAAAAACACCACAAAAAAUGAAAAAAAAAACUCCACAAAAAUAUAUAUACAAUAUUUUUAAGUAAAUACUGUUAGUCUUUUCGUGUGUAAUUGCAGUUUUUAAAAUUCCAGAUAUAACUGUCUAGGGUGCAAAACCUCAUACUGAACUGUCCUUGAGAGAAGUUCAACUUGAGGAGAGCUUUUGUUGUUUGUUUUAAUUGAUCUUAUGUCUGUGGGGUUUUUUGGGUUUUUUUGUUUUUGUUUGUAUUCAAAGAUUCCUUUCCCCAUAAUUAUUUAUCUCUGUCUUUAAAAAAAAACAAUAUAUAUAUAUAUCUAUAUAUAGGAGAAAUUUUGCAUAAAUAACUGAACGUGUCUUUGCCCAAAUGCACCUGAAUGAAUAUCCCUUUCUAGAUUACGGGCAUGCUACAGUGCCCUGAUUGAAAAUCUUCCCACUCCCAUCCCUUCUAUGGUUUCUUCCAGUUUUUCUCCUGGGUGGAAGGGAGUAUUAGGAGAACUUAUUUAUUAUUGAUGAAACAAAUAGAAAAAAAAAAUUAAAGCUCGAUUGUAAUAUUACUGUAAAACCCACUGAGGUAAGUAGGGCUUUGUCCAAUACACCUAGGCCCUGAAUAAAACCUGCCAGUUGGCCAAAUUGACCUCUGUCCCCCAUGGAGAGGGGAAAGCAUUGUCUGAGAGCCCCUAAUUAACAACUUGGGGGCGGCUUUCAUACAGUCCAAGGUGGUUUUUUUUUUCCUUCCAUCACUUCCAUUCCAUUCUGUUUACCUUCAUAGUGUGUACUCUGCAGAUAGUGUCUGUGGAAGUGAGGAAGUGAAUGAACCAGUCCUCUCUGUCAUACCUCCUGUCUGCCUCAAGUCUUGUGCUAUGGUCCAGCAAAAUGGCUAGCUCCAUGCUGACCUCAUUCAACCAAUCCUCACAGUUCCCUUGAUGCUUCCUUUCCCUUGCAACCUUUUCUCUUAGGAUUUAAUUGCUUAGUUUUUCAUUUCAAAAAUACUUUUUAAUUAUUAUGAUUUGUUUUCUGCUUCUCCUUACUUCUCCUUGUUAUAUUGAAAGCCUAUGUGAAUGUGUAUGUGCACACAUGUAUGAGGAUGGAUCAUGAAAAAUUCUGAAACUGAUCAGUAGCACCAAAAGUUGAGGAUGAAGCCCUCUAGAUACUCAUACAGUGGGAAUAAAAUGUAAGUUAGUAAGAGCCCAGAAAUGUGUAUUUGCCAUCAGAACCUCUAGGGCUCCAACCCCCCCCCAAAGAAAAAAGGCCAGGAAGAAUUCUUGCUAAGGGAAGAAAACAUGUUUGUUAGCAGUGAACCAGUGAUCAUAUCUUUCACAAUCUAUAUGUGUAUGGAGAGAAAGAAAAAGAGAAGAAAAAAAGAAAGAGGGAGAGAGGGAAGAAGAAAAAGUGAAAGAAAGAAAAAGAAAGGCAGAAGAAAAGGAGAAAAGGAAGGAAGGAAGGAAGGAAGGAAGGAAGGAAGGAAGGAAGGAAGGAAGGAAGGAAGGAAGGAAGGAAGGAAGGAAGGAAGGAAGGAAGAGAAAUACGAUUAUCUAGAACUUUUACUAUAUCUUUUCAAUAUCAUCUUCCAUUAGCUUUUUAAAGUUUAACCAGAGAACCACCAAUAAUUCCAGCAGCCUUCUUUUAUUUGUGCUAUUCCUCACCUUAACAAAGGAUACUCAUCUAGUACUCCUUUCUUCAAAAGGAUUAAGUCCAAAGAAAAUAAAUAGCUUAGCUUGAGAUAAUCCAAGUCAUGUAAUCUCUGACUGUUAACUAUUGAUUACUGGUGAUAGCACUGUAUAUAUCCCCUACAAGUAUAUAUUAUGUCUUAAUUAUUAGAUUAUUUUCCUUAAAAAAAAUCAAAUACUAAUAGUUGCUUUCCUGAUAGCUCAUCUUUAUUUUGAUACAUCCACAAAAUCUUGCUGAUGUGGACUUUUAGUUUUUGCUUACCCUAGAAAGAUGUAGUGAUAUCCCACAUCUGGAAUCUGUUCUUGAUUUGCUGAUCCACUGAAAAAGACCCAUUUUCUCAUAGGUUUAUAAGAUACCAUCCUAUCAUUCUACAAGCUAUUUCCCUUAUGUGCUUGCUCACAACCACUUGAGCUGCUAAAGGGAGCCUAAUUCUUAUCUUGACUUGGGGAGGACCUCUUGGAGAUCAGAUAAUUUUACUGUAAGUCAGUAUGAGGUUCUAUAGAAUUCAAUGAGAAGCUGUCUUCUCUCAGUAUAUCCCCCUGUAUUCCAACUACUAUAACCACAAUAUUCUCAGUGUGACCUCCUUCCCAUUCCCAUUUGUGUCUCAUCUAGACAGGAAGGGGCUUCUCAUUCUACUUAAAACAGCAUCCAGUGAGCUUUCUUCCCCAGAAGUCAAUCCCAAGAUUCCAAGACAGGCAAAAAUCUUCAUGAGCCCAAACUGGAGUUGCUUUUCUUUAAAGAUGAAAGGAAAAGAAGCUCUAAGGGCUUUCUAUCCAUCUUGCCAAUCUCAACCUGCCAGUCUCAAGCAUGCCUCAUCCCUCCAACACAAUCUUCAAGUCUGACUCUGGGAAGAGUCUAAUGCUACAAUACAGUGAGCUGAUUUGUUCCAUGCUGGCCUCAUCCUACCAAUCCAGUUUCCUAGAGACUAAAAUGUGCAGCUGUUCAUACUUCUAAACAAGACACACUGAUGUAAAUGAGGAAGCAUAAGAGUGAUGGAACCCAGUGGGUACCAAGAUGAGGUGCGCUGUGGGCCAUUACUCCUACCUACUAAUAGCAUUUCUGGUGCCUGAGUCAAGGUAAGGGCCUCAGCAUCUUUGAGUUCUUUCUUUGCACAGUUGGCCCAGCUGUGAGUAUACACACACAUACACUCACACACACACAUACACGCAUCAUACAUGGUCUUUUCCCACCCAUAAAAAGGUCUUACCUAUUGAUAAUUUCUAAUUCUUCCCUGAUAGAACCGGAGCAGGUUAGAUAGAAACAGAUAAUGCUGGAAACAUUCUUUUCUUCCUGUGAUGUUCCCAGGACCAGGGUGGGGGCAAUUACGGCUAUUGGAUUACUUCUUGAAAGUGGGCCUGCAUAUAAGCCUCCAGGGCCUCUUAAGGCUCACAAAUAGAUAGGCCAAGGAUUCUUUUGAGAUUCCUAAAAUCAUUCAUUUGACCAUUUGGCCCUUUUGCCUUAAUCGUUUAACUCAGUUUUUCCUUGGUAAGGAUGAAAAACAUGUACUAAAAACGGUUUUGAUUGGGGAUGAAGACAGAGGAUUAGGAAAGAGGAUAUAUUAUAAUUUACUUCUCUCAAUAAUAAAAUUCCCAACAUAGACCUGGAAAUAUUUAAAGAGCUCAGGGGUAUGGAACUCAAGUAAGAACAUUCCCCCUGGGAUCAGGAAUCCAUGAUGUAUGAUAUGAGAUGUUAUUUAGCAGCUUGUCUGGCUCCAUAGAACAGUAGGAGUGGAGGCAUUUACUCUGCAGGAAGUGAGAUAAAACUAAUUUUCUACACCAAUGCUAGUGUUGUUUCUUCUUACCAUGAACCUAGUAUUGGGUGAAACAACAACAACAACAAAAAAAACUAGAGGGAGGAGAAAUUUAGCAGGUUAAAAUCUAUCUCUUUUUAUCUUAGUGUCCUAACAGCUGUCUAUAUUUCCAGAUUUUCCAAUAAAUUAAUAUAGAUCAGCAACAACUCUCAAGCAUAUACACUUCCUCUUUCAGUUCUAAAAUGUAGGCUUGUAGAAUCUGAGGCCUGAUUUUUCAGAGGUUUAAAGUUCAUCCCUGAAGGCAGUGCUGGAUAGUGGGUAUCUAACUCAUUUCUGAAACUCCCAAGAAAAAUCCAUUAUUGAAAAAGAUAAGUUAUAAACUCUGGGAACCCUGCUCCUGUCAGAAGAAGCUGUUAAUACUUGACUUAAAUGUCUCCAGUUGCAAGUUAGACCUCUUUUUCAUCCAUCCAUUCAUUUUUAAGAUUGCAUUUCUGACUUAAAUCCAUGUAGCUUGUACAAUAUGUAAAACUCAAAUGGGGAAAGAAAUGCAAUGCCUUGUUUUAUGUAUUCCUAUAUAUACCAUUCUUUUCUUCUCUGCAAUGCCAUCGCCUCCAUGUUUUGCUUCUCUUUCCUGGGCAUCAUCAGUUCCUUCCUCUGGUUAGUUUAGUGGAGAUGUGUCUUCCUUUCCCUGUGCCUUUCCUAAACUGUUCGCUGAAAGAUAUGGUUUGUUUUAGAGCCAAAGCUCGUGAGUUCUAAUAAUGACACCUUCUGAAGGCAGCAGACUGAGGACCACAGGAGUCCACAGUGCUCACAACCAACAGCUUGGGUGAAGGACUAAGAAUAGAGCAACUUGGAAAUGAACAGGCAAGGUCCGAGAAUUAUCUAUCCUCUCCUGCUCCAUCGUAUACUGAACAAUAGAGGAACACCCCCGCCCCCACUAGGAAACAUCUAGCCAUUGCCAAUUCUAAACAGUGAAUCAGACUCUUACAUCCAAAGGAACCUUCAGAGAUCAUGAUCCUCCUGCUUAAGUCAAACUGGAAAGGUCAGUGUGUUUCCAUUCUAAAUGAUUUCCAGGGAGGAAUUAUCCUCCCUCUUGCACUUUUAUAAUUUGUUAUCAAGAAGACAUCCCUCUUGUAAGCAAUCUUUAUCUCUUUUAGAAACUGCAGAUCCAUAGGUAAAUAGGUUAGUUCCCCCAGUGUGUUCCCUUGAUCCUAGGAGAACUCUUAAGUCCUCUAGGCUGUGGGCUCAAGCUGAGUUGAAUCUGAGGUAGUGGUUACAAUUUGGAAUUACUACAGAAGGUACUCUCUAGGCCCAAGCCAGUCACAAAUCAGCCUGAUCAUUCCUAGGCAGACAGCUCAUUUCAUAAUAUUACUGGACCACAGGCAAAUAAUUGGUUCUCUGUGACUCUAUUUUCUCAUCUGUAAAAUGAACUUAUUAUAGUUAUCUCUGUACCUUCCCUAUAGCCUAGGGAUGAUGUAAGGAUUGGUUGAAUGCUGUCUAUAAAAUUGUUGAUGCUCCUUAGGGGGGGAAAAGGCUGUAAAAAAUAAAAGAUUCAACUUGAUUAUCUGAAGGAUUCUUGAAGAAAAUAAGCUGAUUUUCAAAAUGGAGCUUAUAGCUAGAGGCCUGAAAGAUUGAUGGCAUUUGGCUUGCCAGCCAGGGACUUUCAAAAGUUGGAGAUCUUUGGAAUUUAGCACAUCUGCAGAACUGGGCUUCUGUUGAAUUUAGAUACAAAAUUAAAGUGACCAAUUUAUAAAUUUCAAAGCAUACUAAAAAAAAAACAACAAAGAAAAUAAAAGCAAAUCUUUUUUAAAACAUUGGAGAAAUCAUGGGAGAAUGAAUGGAAAUCCCAUAAAAUUUAUUAAACUUCAGGCAGACAGGAGAUACUCUGUAUUCAUCCAACCCAGAACUGUGGAAAAUACCUAUUGACAAGUUUCUUACAUGGCAGAAAGCAAUUUGGGGCCAUUCCUUCCUUAUAUUUUCCCUUUCACUAUGGGCUUUACCUCACAAAUGACUUACCUUCUCUUUGCCUCUGUUCAAAUGUGCCAGAAACUACAUUUUUUGUUUUCCAGUAAUCUUGGCAGCUAAAAAUCCAGGUCAUGUUGGUGGGUUUUAAUCACUGUCCUGUGUGUAUACAAAGGUAAUCUUUCCUUUGACCCUACAUACCCCAUGGGAACCUGUUACACAGGAAACCUUCCCAAAAAAGGCUUCGAGGCCAAUUGAAAAUCACAGAGAUGGAAUUUCCUCUAAGUCGUGUUUGUUUAAAUUUAAUAUUUAGAUCAUCAUUAGUAGUUUAGGGUUUGAUUUUAUAGUCUUUGAAUUCAAGCACCAUUGACUAAGGGCAUGAAUCUAUCCUAGGAAUCAUUAUAAUAUUUCCUGAUAUCUAAAAAUCAAGUGAAGAAGGAUGGGAGCAGUGGAGAAUGAAACUUAUUCCACUGCAGCUCUGAUUUUUCAUUGGCCCUGAAGUCCUCUGUAGGGAGAAAAAUUCUGAGUUUCAGCUGUUCAGGGUUUCUCAAACCCCGGCCCCUUUUCCUUGGAGUUCAGGUGUACUUUGGUGCAGAGAUUCUCAUCUACAGAAUAAAUGAUGAAAUUCUAAGGCUAUCCCAAAGCAAUAUGGGCAAAUACUGCAAUGUAUGCAAGUUUUAGUCAUUUGCUGUAAAUUCUCAUCAUAGUUUGGCUGUGGGCCACUGAAAUGAACUCCUUUCCCAUCUAUGUUGAAUUAGCCAUCCUAGCCUCACAUUAGGGUCCCCAUGAUGUCUCAGGAGUUAGUACUACUUUCUCCUUGAGUUUUACAUCUGAUGGCUAUAUACAUUGGCCAAACUCUGGUAACAUUCACUCAUUCCUAUGAGGCAUUAGCUGAUUACAUCUUAAAGAAAGGAGAUAAAUGAGACCAGGGACCUGCAUCUCUGCUCUUAUCGCCUCCUUUUUGGGGUUGGGAUGGAGAGUGAAUGCGCUAUAUAAGACAACUACAAACAAGCCACCAAAAUAUGAAUAUAACAAUAAGAACAAUGAGAAAUAAAAUUGAUCUAUAAGUAGGUGGGUGGGGAGGGAGAGUAAAGGAAAACAGUAGGGGAGGGCUUUCUGUUUACACAAAAAGAAAAUAUCAGAGACCAUCUGAAUAUUGCUUCCUAUUCAACUCUCUUUUAGACAGAAAGGGCAAAGUCAUAUUCUCUUCAAACAGAGAAAUUUGAUUUUGCCCCUUGACCUCUUCCACCAUAGAUAUCUAUAUUAUAGGGUCAAAAAAAAAACCUACUAAAGAGGAGAGAGAAGCAUAUUCCCUUGAAAAGAUCCAGGAACUGGGAGUCAAAAUUCCAAAACUCUACUCCUAGCCCUACUCCUGACCUAUGUCAACUCAUUUUUGGUGCCAGUUUCCCCAUCUGUAAAAUGGGGGAAAUCUUUCUUACCUACCUCACAGGGGUGUUGUGAGGAUAAUGUAAUUCAUGUUUGGUAAAGCACUUUGCAGAUAAAAAGUAUUAUAGUUACCAAAUGGGUUCCUUAAUGAUUUAGGAGUAUUCUGAAAUAUACUAGAAAUCACAAUUAUAGAGGAAUCUGCAUAUGGGUCGAGAAAGCUGUUCUCUGUCUUUUCUCUCUAUAAAUAUUUCACUUCUUUCUUUCCCAAGAAGUUGAGCAAGAAAGAAGGAUUCCAGAUAAGCUUGUUGUCUGUCAUCAGCUAGGAGCCAGUCAGAGAAGCAAAGAAAAUGCUGGUUCUUCUUUUCCCUUUCAGUCAAAAAGAAAAGGUCAGUGACAGCUUUCUGUGGUGAGCAGAUAUUUCUCAUUAUAGUUUUGUCAUUUCAAAUAUACUUCAUGGACUCAAUUUCAGUUUUAAUUGGUCACUCAGUCCUCAGCUUUUUGGACCUAGGGAAAUAUCUGUUCAUGUUAUUUUGGAAUAGCUGUAUGAUUUCAGUGUUUAGUUUUGGGGAGGCUGGCACACUGUUGUUUGCUGGGAAAUCUUGGCUUCCAAAAACAAGAGUCUUUACUGAAGAAAUAUAUUGAGUAUUCAUUUUGGGAGGCAGGGAGGACCUUCUUGUUUUAUAGCUGCCUAACACAAAACAAAGCCUCCCUCUUCUCCCAGUUUCUUACAUGCUUCUCCCCACCCCCUAUAUUCCAAACACUUGACAAGAACCAAUUUUGGAUUCUAAAACGUGGCAUAAAUUAAUAAAUUGAAAGUGGUCUGCUGUUCUUGUGGUACUCUAGUACUGAAUAGAGCCACAAAUAGAGCUGGGCAGGCUGGCAUUUCAUUCACAUUGACUUUCUCUCUCUCUCUCUCUCUCUCUCUCUCUCUCUCUCUCUCUCUCUCUCUCUCAAUUCAUUGAAAUUUCUCACACAAGUAAGAUUUCUCAGAACUCAGUAGGAGCUCCCUUGUUAUCUAUAAGGUGAUGAAAUUCCUUUCUAAUGUGUUUUAGAACCCCAAACAGAACCCAGCUUGUUAUCUUGAAAAUCAUUAUAUAAUGCCAGCAGGUCUAGAUUAGA